UCAACGUGACUCAUCCAAAACGGUUUACUGCUCGAGUAUAACCACGGGGUGGCUCUAAUUACAGUUUUCAAGUCAUUUUUUUGGUAUUUCGAUGUAAUUGAGCAAAUACAAUAAUGGAUUAUUGAUUAUAUAUUGAGGGGCAUUUACAGACAGAGUUGAUGAGUGAAAUAGACAAAAUUGACAGACAGGAAGACAUACCCAUAAUGUCGAAGCGAGAAGCAACUGUGCUGCUUUCUAGGGUUUUUCAGGGCUUAUUUCACACUCUCGAGCUCUCCUCCGACUCUGGCUCUCAACUCCUGCCUUCGUGUGGUGCCGAAGCCUGUUUAUCGAAAGAGCAGCGGCGAGACUGUUGGGGAUUGCGUGCGGGGGAGAGUAUGGAGAGCAUUUACAAGGUGUCGAGGCAAAUCAAGCAGAAGGAGCACUCGCUUUAUAACGCACUGCGCUCCAUUUACCACGAUUCCUUGUUCGUGGCCGAGAUCGCUGCGCUUUGGCCUCGCCUGCCCUUACUCGCUAAUUUGCGUUGCGGCUUGUGGUAUAGCCAACACUUUUAUGACGUUUGCUACUUCAAGUCUACGGACGGUCACAACGGCAAUUGGUCUUUCAAUGUCACUCGCCUCAAUCUUCAUGUUGCUGAGCUUGCUGCACAGAAAGGCGGUUGUAUCAUAGUUGAUGCUACAAGAAAAGGGAAGCGUUUUCCAGACAGCAUGUCUAAAACAUUACCUAUUUGGGCCUGCGUAAUCAAUCGUGCUCUGGCUGAUCUGCGCAAAAGUCUCGAUGAAAACCCAAAUCAUCUGAAGCCCGAGGAAGAUUUUCUUGACUCUGAAGAAAAUAGUUUAAGAAGACAUUCUUUGGAUUGGGAUUGCCAGCUUCACUUGCCCAUCUGGGUAUCAGAAACUGAGAAGAAUAACAUUGUUAAUCGUCUGGAUACCUGGGUAGAGGACCUCAAAAACUGUGGGGCAAAUCUAAUACCUCUUGCUCAGAUGCUCAGGAAGCCCCUUAGAACGCUCUGGGUCUCUCAGAAGACAGUGAUCUGGUUAAAUGAAAUUGUAGAUACAGAGACCCUAGAUUUUACUCCCAUUUUCCUGGUUUCAGCAUCCCAGCCAGUUAGCUGCUCUCAACGGAUGACUGAUGCAGAGUUCAGCUGGAGUUAUAUUCCAGGUGCGGCAGACGAUGAAGAGAGUUGGGCACGAGGGCUCACCCCCUCCCUGUUCUGGAAGCACGUAUAUGAGCUUCUAGAUGAUGGUCCUGCGGAUUGCAAUCGCAAAGUGGCAGUGUUGGUUGAACGUGAUCGUGUGUAUAGAGCAUUGAGAGGUCAAGUUGCACCACAAGUGAGAAUGAAAUCUGGCAGAGAAUUAUCUGUUCCUGCAGAUUGUCCUCCUGGUGCAAGCUUCGCAAGUAACCUUCAUCUAGGCAAAAUUAUUCCUUUGAGUGAUAGCUUCGAUUUGAGGAACUUAGAUACAAAUGACUUGAGUGAUUCUCGGUGCUCAGACAACGCAUCCCAUUCAAGACUUGAGGAAAGAGAGGUCCCAGCACUGAUGGAUGUAAUUAGCCAAAAUAUGGAUUCAGUGUCUUUAAAUCAAACCAAUGGACAUCCACCCGAUAAAGUUCCUGGCAUACACUGGAUCGGUUCUACUGGACUUGCUGUGGGAGCUUCUACAUGCUCAGGCCAAGUGGACUCCCUGCGUAAGGUUGUUGAUUGUGUUUUAGACGUUUCCUCUACUGGAUGGACAAGUUCAAGUAGCUGCGAAGACUCCGACCUUCACCUUCCAAUUGUGGGCUCAAAGUUUGACCGCCACUCUUUGGAAAGUCAUCUACCAGAAGCUAUCAAAUUUGCAAGGGAGAAGUUAACAAAUGGUCUCUCAAUUUUCAUAUGUUGCCAAGAUGGUGAGGACAUUAGUGUGUGUGUCUGUCUAGCAAUUCUGCUCUCUUGCUUUGAUUCGGCAGGUAAAUUUUGCAACGGUAGCUUGGAUCGUAGAACCAUUUCUAAGGCCGAGGUUCGGCAAAGUUUAAUACUUUUAGCAAGUUUUCACUCAGGUGCUCGCCCAUCCAGGGGUUGUUUGAAACAAGUGUAUAACUAUUUGAAAAAUUUACAAUAAUAAUGUAGUGCUCUCGUCUACAUGCAUUUAAUAAGAAAUUAUAUUUUCUAGUUGGUUGAAGUGGAAAUGGUGGGCAGAGCAUCUCAGGACGGUAACUAAGACUUAGACUUGGCAGAUGAAUAGCGUUGGAUUUAUUGAUCAUGUCACUAAGCAGUGUUACCACUCGUCAAUAGCUGCGCUAUCAAGAGUGUUCGGACGACGCUAUGAACUACCUUAGGGAAAAGGUUUGUAGCUCCACCAGAGAUGGAUACAGAUUCAAGACGCUGCGACACAUCCUAGAGACUUCCCUGCAAUUUCUCUACACCGCUUCCACCAUCUUAUCUUUCGGCUGUGAGAUUCGAGGGGACAUUCCUCAUGGAAAUCACAAUUUUUUCUUUUGAUGAGGUAGUUGCAGGGCAAUUUGUGGUAAAAAAAUGGAUAGUGAUGACCGUCUACGAUGCUUCCUAGAGGAUCUGUUUGUUUCUAGGAAAAUUUGCAUUGUGGCAUCACAUGGCAUUGGUUUCACUUGUUAAAAAUGAGUCAUGCAGAAAUUUGUUGUUGAUAGAAAUACAUGUGAAGCAUUAUUGGCAACAAUCAACAAUUAUGAUUCUAUCAAUCUUCUAUUUAUUUAAUUUUAAUUUUGAUUUGAUCA